CAGGAAACCUUAGUACCAGCCCCAGUUUGGGGCUUCUCUGUUGUGAUGCUGGCAAAUCGGGCGCCGGAGCAGAGACGCGGUUCAAGCUUAAUUAAUGACGUGCCGCCGUUGGUGUCGGUUCUCGAAGGUACCUAUCCUCCGGUGUGGGUAAGUGGCACAGAAACGCACAGACCACACUCUGACCGCACAUUGGACCAAUCGGCUAGCAGUAUUCUGCCCAUAUUCCUCGAAAAAGAACACAGACAAGACAUCUUAUCAGCGAGCGAUUUCUCCUUGUAGGAGCAUGGGACAGACAAUGGAAGGGAAACCAAUGGCAUGUGGAUGCACACGAACUUGUGACUUGCUUCCGAAGCGCGCCUGAAGAGAAGGGAGCUAGGUGUACUCUCUUAACUAUGCCGGGCUAUUGCGUCCCUUUGAGGAUGUCUCUGAGGCCUGUCAUCCAUGGUCAUCUCCAUCCGGCCAGGCUCUCUGCAUAUGUAAACAAGGGAUCUCGGAGGGCUCAAUUUCGGAGCAUCAAUGCUCACAGAGCACACUAUGACAGAUUCUUGGGCUGCCUUGAUGCAAGGAAAUUCUCCUCCGCCACUCCCAAAGCCUCUGCACCUGCGUCUGCUCAUGUACAGCAAGCACCAACCGAUGAGAUUGUCAACCCCGGCCGAGCAUACACCCCACCGACCUCCGGCAUUCUCUCGCUGCUUCCAUCCUCAUGGGUCCCAUAUGCUGAGCUAGUUCGCAUCGAUAAGCCUACAGGGUCUUACUACCUCUACUUCCCAUGCCUAUUCUCCACUCUCAUGGCAGCCCCGAUGGCGGUUCCAAUGGCUUCACCCGGCUCAGUCAUCGGUACCUCCCUCCUCUUCUUCACCGGCGCCUUGAUCAUGCGUGGGGCAGGCUGUACGAUCAAUGAUCUCUGGGACCGCAACUUGGAUCCCCAUGUGGCCCGGACUCGCCUGCGGCCCAUUGCGAGGAAGGCCGUCACCCCCUUCCAGGGGCUCGUCUUCACCGGCUUCCAGCUGCUUGCCGGGCUCGGCAUCCUCCUGCAGUUCCCGGCCCAGUGUUUCUUCUACGCCGCCCCGAGUCUCCUCUUCGUGGCAGCCUACCCGCUCGCCAAGCGGGUCACCUACUACCCCCAGUUCGUGCUCGGCCUGACCUUCUCCUGGGGCGCGAUCAUGGGGUUUCCUGCCCUCGGCAUCGACCUGCUCUCCAACACCUCGGCCUCGUCUGCGGCGGGGCUCUUGUAUGCGUCAAACAUCGCCUGGACCGUCUUGUACGAUAUGAUUUACGCCCAUAUGGACAUAAAGGACGACGCCAAAGCCGGGAUUAAGAGCAUCGCCCUGAAGCACGACCAGCAGACCAAACAAGUUCUUACGGGGCUGGCCAUCACUCAGGUCGGCCUCCUCGCCGGCGCCGGAAUGGCGGCUGGUGCUGGACCGGCUUUCUUUAUUGGAAGCUGCGGGGGAGCACUGCUGACCUUGGGUAUCAUGAUCAAGCGGGUAAAUCUCAAGAGCGUCAAGAACUGCUGGUGGUGGUUCGUCAAUGGCUGCUGGAUGACUGGCGGCGUUGUCUGCCUGGGACUCGGUGCUGACUAUCUCCAACGUUACGUACAAAAAGACGAGGAUGAGGAGGAUUCAUUGUAACAACUCAGCGAGGCUGUAUGACAUUGUAUUAUAACAUGUUUUUACCUUACAGUAUCUAGAGACUCGGCUCCAGGCGCGAUAUUCGGCCGGCCGGAGGACCAGGAUCAAUUUAGAGCAUCACGCUGUGUCAAGAA